UUAUGUUAUUUGACAUACAAAUAAAUAUUUUAGAAAGGUCAGGAAAAGUAAAAGUGAAUAAUCAGAAAAAAUUGUUUUUAUUUAGUACCGGUUUUCAAAAUUGAAAACCAUCGUAAAUUUCAAAUGGACCAUAUAACCAUCAUCAAUUUUGUUUAAGAACGAGAAAAAGUGUGUUAAAACAUAAAGAAUGACUGACACGCGACGACGCGUAAAAUUAUACGCGUUAAAUGCAGAUCGACAAUGGGACGAUAGAGGUACAGGACAUGUAUCAUCGUCGUUUGUAGACCGUCUGAAGGGUAUCUCACUAUUAGUUCGAGCAGAGUCCGAUGGAACAUUAUUACUAGAAUCCAAAAUUCAAUUAGAUACAGCAUAUCAAAAGCAGCAAGAUACAUUAAUUGUAUGGUCCGAAGGUGAUAAUUUUGAUUUAGCGUUAAGUUUUCAAGAAAAAGCCGGUUGUGAUGAAAUCUGGGAGAAAAUUUGUCAAGUGCAAGGUAAAGAUCCGUCUGUGGAGAUCACCCAGGAUAUUGUGGAAGAAUCUGAAGAUGAGCGAUUCGAUGAUAUGUCAGAUAGUGCCCCACCAAUUGAAUUACCAAGUUGUGAACUAAGUCGUUUAGAGGAUAUCAAUGAAUUAUUUAGUAGUAGCCUAACUUCACCGAUGCGUAAGGAAAAACUCGCAACAGCUAUCGAAAAUGAAGGUUAUAUACGAAAAUUAUUAAAUUUAUUCCAUAUGUGCGAAGAUCUCGAAAAUCAUGAUGGCUUACAUCAUCUAUACGAGAUUUUUAAAAAUAUAUUUCUGUUAAAUAAAAAUGCAUUGUUUGAGGUGAUGUUUAGCGAGGAUAUCAUUUUUGAUGUGGUGGGAUGUUUAGAGUAUGAUCCCUCUCAAAGUACUCCAAAACGACAUCGACAAUAUUUAAAACAACAAGCACGUUUUAAAGAAGCAAUACCAAUUCGCAACAAGGAGUUAUUAUCAAAAAUCCAUCAAACAUUUCGUGUACAAUAUAUACAAGAUGUUGUUUUACCAACCCCUUCAGUAUUUGAAGAUAACAUGUUAUCAACUCUGUCAAGUUUUAUAUUUUUUAAUAAAGUAGAGAUUGUAACACUUCUACAAGACGAUGAAAAAUUUUUAACAGAAUUAUUUAGUUUAUUAACCGAUGAGACAACACCAGAUACAAAACGUCGUGAUUUGGUAUUAUUUUUAAAAGAAUUUUGUAAUUAUUCACAAAAUUUACAACCACAAGCGAAAGAACAAUUUUAUAAAACGUUAACCAGUCUAGGAAUUUUAUCAGCAUUGGAGAUUACAUUGGGUAUUGAUGACCCUCGAACUAAAGCUGCCUCUAUUGAUAUAUUAACAUAUAUUGUAGAGUAUUCACCGUCUGUUGUACGAGAGUACACGUUACAGCAAGCUAAUACUACGGAUGAGGAUCAAAUGUUAUUAAAUGUAAUAAUGGAACAGAUGAUAUGUGACACCGAUCCAGAAUUAGGUGGUGCAAUGCAAUUAAUGGGUGUAUUGCGUAUAUUGUUAGACCCAGAAAAUAUGUUAUCUGCAAUAAAUAAAUCUGAAAAAACAGAUUUUUUAAAUUUUUUCUAUAAACACAGCUUUCAAAUAAUGAUCGCACCAUUGUUAGCAAAUACAGCACAUGGAGAACCAGAAAAAGAAGAUUAUCAAACAGUACAACUAUUAGGAUUGAUCUUAGAAUUAUUAUCAUUUUGUGUUGAACAUCAUACAUAUCAUAUAAAGAAUUGCAUUUUAAAUAAAGAUCUGUUACGUCGUAUACUUGUAUUAAUGAAAUCAACACAUAAAUUUUUAGUAUUAUGUGCAUUACGUUUUAUGCGUAAAUUGAUUGCAUUAAAAGAUGAAUUCUAUAAUCGUUAUAUAAUAAAAGGCAAUUUAUUUGCACCUGUUAUUGAUACAUUUGUACGAAAUAAUGGACGAUAUAAUUUAUUAGAUUCAGCUAUAUUAGAAAUGUUUGAAUUUAUUAAAUUGGAGGAUAUUAAAACAUUGUGCACACAUGUUGUGGAGAAUUUUGGACGAUUUUUAAAUGAUAUUGAAUAUGUACAAACAUUUAAAGCAUUAAAAACACGAUACGAACAGCAUCAAGAUAAGUUUAAGGAUCGUGAACGUACUACAUCUUUAGAAAGUGUACCAUCAAUAUUACGUAGUGGCCGUUAUAGACGUGACCAACGACAACUUGAAGAAGAAGAAGAGAUGUGGUUUAAUGAAGACGAAGAUUUUGAAGAUGGUGAAGCUGUUGUACCAGCUGCAAAUACGGGUGGUGCCACUACAGAUAACAUCAACACAAAUACACCACCAGGUGGGCAUAACCAUUUAACAUCAUCACCAACAAAAUCAACUAAACUAGAUGCAGAAUUCGAUACAGCUAUUGGUAAAAUAAUAGAUACAAAUAAAGUGAAGACUGAAUCAACAAAUGGACCCAAAAAUAUCUCAACAGGUAACAACAAUAAUAACAAUAACAAUGGCGGUCAAGGUGCUCCAAGUCUGUUAUUAUCGGGAAUUAAUACUACGGGUUCAGAAAAAGAAAUUGAUGCUCAAAGUGUAGAUGAUGUUGCAACAACCACCGUAACUAGUUCAGUGCAAGUAACACCAUCGUCAACAAUAGCAUCAACUCCGGGUGCGGGUGAAUGUCCUCCAUUAAGUCCACCAACUAGUCUGUCAAUCACAACAUCCUCGUCAUCUUCAUCGGUUGUUGGUAGCGGAGAUGUAGGUACUGCAGCUGUAACCGUUUCAUCAACAACUUCUGUGAAUGCUAUAAAUACGUCUACGGCGGCUGCCAUUGGUAAAACUUCAUCAUUAUUUAAGAAGGGUCUUGUCGAUUACGAGGGUGAUUCCGAUGAAGAAGAAGAAGACGGUGAAGUUGUAUCACAGUCACCAAAACGCCAACGACUUUCAUAGUGUUCACAUCAUCACCAAGUUCAUUAUUAUUAUAAUAAUCAUCGUCAUCAACAUCAUCAGGUUCACUACUUUUUCUAGUGUUAAUGUUGUGUGAUUUUUACAUAGUGUUCACAAAAUGAAACAUUUUCUUUUUGAACACUAACCGAAAGACUCUUGAAUAUGAAAAACAAAACUUUAUAAUAUUGUUCGUUGUCCUUCUGCUGUUUUGAUUUAUUUCUUUUAAAAGAAUAAUAAUGAUGAAAUCAAAAUCGUAUGAAUGCAAGAAACACAACAUUGAAUUAUGGUGACGUCGUAUGUAAUUUCUGUGGAUCCAUCCAAUAAAAUAAAAUAUACAUGUUGGUGAAUCAACGUUCUACACACAUGGACGAAAAAUAAUCAUUUAUAUGUUUUAAAAUAAUUUAUUUUGAA